UGUCCAUUCGCCGAGCACCUGUUGCUGCUGUCAAAUUAUCACCGCUGGACGACCGCGUCGCUCGCCUCACACCGGGACCAUGUCGCAGGAGCAGACCGAUUCCAACUCCAGUGGCUACUAUUUUGACAGUGCUUCCAAAAAAGUCCAGGGCAGCCUCGUGUUUUCUGGACCCACAUUUGUCAUCUUGAUGGUGAUGAUGGUGACUUUGGUUGUAGUGAUAGUUUUGGGGAACGCACUGGUCAUUUUGGCCUUUAAAGUGGACAAGAGUUUGAGGAGACAGUGCAAUUACUACUUCCUCAAUUUAGCAAUAUCAGAUUUUCUUGUAGGGGCAUUCUGCAUUCCAGUCUACAUUCCCUACACCCUCACAGGCAGGUGGACACUGGGCCGCGGACUGUGCAAACUGUGGCUGGUCAUGGACUACCUGCUUUGCUCUGCCUCGGUCUUCAGCAUUGUCCUCAUCAGCUAUGAUCGUUUCCUGUCAGUCACCCGAGCAGUAAGUUAUCGUGCCAGACAGAGCAUGACUCAUCAAGCCAUAAUCAAGAUGAUUGCUGUCUGGGUGCUGGCCUUUGUCCUGUAUGGCCCAGCUAUUAUAUUCUGGGAGCUGGCUGUUGGCAGAAGUCGUGUGCCAGAGGAUGAGUGCUUCGCGGAGUUCUAUUACUCUUGGUAUUUCCUGCUGAGUGCAUCAAUGCUGGAAUUCUUCUCUCCUUUCAUCUCGGUGGCUUUCUUCAACCUCAGCAUUUACCUCAACAUACGCAGGAGGAGGCUUCACAGCAGGAAGGCCCAGCUGCACCUUCAAAUGAGCGAGCCUGCCUCCGCUCAGGGGGAAGGCAUUUCCCUGCCCCACAACUUGGGAUUUGGGAUGAAACUGGCUGUAAGAGGCUCCAUCCACUCCCAGAGCUCCUCUCCCAGUUUGGGCAAACCAGAUCCCUCACUCAGCAGGGCGAUCCAACCCAGCCGUCUGUCCAGGGAUAAGAAAAUUGCUAAGUCUCUGGCCAUCAUAGUGUGUGUGUUUGCCAUCUGCUGGGCACCAUACACUCUACUGAUGAUCAUCCGUGCUGCCUGCAGAGGGCGAUGCAUUCAGCACCACUGGUACGAGGUCACCUUCUGGCUCCUGUGGCUCAACUCUGCCAUUAACCCCUUCCUGUACCCGCUUUGCCACAGUAGCUUCCGCAGGGCAUUUAGCAAGAUCCUGUGUGCAAAGCGGCACAGCACUCCAUCAUCCGUCCCUCGUGCUGGCCAGUGACAAGUGCAUGGACAAACAAUGUGCCAACGCCAUGGAUGGAAGCGUUCAAACCCAUUAAGACCACAGCCUCAGCAAAUGAUGCCAAAUGAUGUUGGUAGUAUGUAGUGUCAUGUAAAUUGCCAAUCACUUUGCUGUGUUGAUAUCUAAAGUGCAUUAAAAAUAAAUCAUCAUUCAAGCAUGAAAACAAAAACACUGCCUAAAAAGACCUAAAAUGCCAACAAAAAUCUUAUUAAUGUCAAUGAAUACGUGUCGUUUUUCACUUACUGGACUGAAUAAUACACAUGUGUUGCUGUUGCAUGGGUUUGUUGACUGGAAAAGGGAUAAGGGA